AUGCACACCAAACCGAAUUUACUGAGAGAUAGAGAGAUAGAGAGAGAGAUGGGGAUGGAAGCAAGCGAAGACGAAGAGCAACCGGGUCACCUGCUCCGCAAGCGGCUCAAAUGCAGCGAUGAAGCGUACGACAUGGACCAGGACAUCGAGCCGGAUGUGGCUUCACGUGCGGCGGACCGACUCUUCUACUCUCCGACGGCGCUGCUGACGGCGAUCGUCGUGUCGGAUGCGUUGGAGCCCGAUUUUCCUAUCAUCUACGUCAACACCGUCUUCGAAUUGGCCACCGGAUUUCGCGCUGAUGAGGUCCUUGGUCGCAACUGCCGGUUCCUGCAAUUCAGAGACCCGCGCGCGAAGCGGCGGCACCCACUGGUGGAUCCCGUGGUAGUCUCAGAGAUCCGGAGGUGCCUCGAAGAAGGCUUGGAAUUUCAAGGGAAGCUUCUCAACUUCCGCAAAGACGGCACCCCUUUACUCAACUCCCUACGCCUCACCCCAAUCCACGGAGACGACGGCAGCGUGACCCACGUGAUCGGCAUCCAAGUCUUCUCCGAAGCCAAACUCGACCUCAACAACAUAUCCUACCCCGUCUUCACCCCCCACCACCAACACCCGUGCGGCAUCCUCCAGCUGUCCGACGAGGUCAUCGCCCACAACAUCCUCUCGCGCCUCACUCCCCGCGACGUGGCCUCCGUCGGCUCCGUCUGCCGCCGCAUCCGCCAGCUCACCAAAAACGAGCACGUCCGCAAGAUCGUGUGUCAGAACGCGUGGGGCCGCGACGUCACGGGCACGCUCGAGCUGCACAUGGCCAAGCGCCCCAACAACCCCGGGUGGGGCCGCCUCGCGCGCGAGCUCACCACCUUAGAGGCCGUGCGCUGGCGCAAGCUCACCGUCGGGGGCUCCGUCGAGCCGUCCCGCUGCAACUUCAGCGCGUGCGCCGCGGGGAACCGGCUCGUCCUGUUCGGGGGCGAGGGCGUCAACAUGCAGCCGAUGGACGACACGUUCGUCCUCAACCUCGACUCCGCGGCCCCCGAGUGGCGCCGCGUGAGCGUGGACUCGUCCCCUCCCGGGCGCUGGGGCCACACGCUCUCGUGCCUCAACGGCUCGUGGCUCGUCGUGUUCGGCGGGUGCGGGCAGCAAGGGCUGCUCAAUGACGUGUUUGUGCUCGACCUCGACGCCAAGCGGCCGACAUGGCGGGAGGUCCCGGGGGGAGGCGGCCGGCCGCCGCCGCGCUCGUGGCACAGCUCGUGCACGCUCGAGGGGUCGAAGCUGGUGGUUUCGGGUGGGUGCACCGACGGGGGGUCGCUCCUGAGCGACACAUUCCUGCUCGACCUGAACGUGGAGAGGCCGGCGUGGAGGGAGAUACCGACGGCGUGGGCGCCGCCCUUCCAAUAG